GCCCCUGCCCGCGCCUCCAGCGGAAGCCGGAAGCAAAGGUGGCCCCGCUAGCCCCGCGGCUCCGAACUCUGUGGUCUUAGAGGCUCCGCAGGAUGGGGGAGAAGAUGGCGGAAGAGGACAGGUUCCCCAAUACAACUCAUGAGAGUUUCAAUGUCACCCUCCACACCACCUUGGUUGUCACGACAAAGCUGGUGCUCCCGACACCCGCCAAGCCUAUCCUCCCGGUACAGACAGGGGAGCAGGCCCAGCAGGAGGAGCAGUCGAGUGGCAUGACCAUCUUCUUCAGCCUCCUCGUCCUAGCUAUCUGCAUCAUAUUGGUGCAUUUACUGAUCCGAUACAGAUUACAUUUCUUGCCAGAGAGCGUUGCUGUUGUUUCUUUAGGUAUUCUCAUGGGAGCAGUUAUAAAAAUUAUAGAGUUUAAAAAACUGGCAAAUUGGAAGGAAGAAGAAAUGUUUCGUCCAAAUAUGUUUUUCCUCCUCUUGCUUCCACCUAUUAUCUUUGAAUCUGGAUAUUCAUUACACAAGGGUAACUUCUUUCAAAAUAUUGGUUCCAUCACCUUGUUUGCUGUUUUUGGGACGGCGAUCUCCGCUUUUGUAGUAGGUGGAGGAAUUUAUUUUCUGGGUCAGGGGGUUUUUUUUUGUGUCUGUAUGUUUGUGUGUUUUAUUUUACAGGCUGAUGUAAUCUCUAAACUCAACAUGACAGACAGUUUUGCAUUUGGCUCCCUCAUUUCUGCUGUCGAUCCAGUGGCCACCAUUGCGAUUUUCAACGCACUUCAUGUGGACCCGGUGCUCAACAUGCUGGUUUUUGGAGAAAGUAUCCUCAACGAUGCAGUCUCCAUCGUCCUGACCAACACAGCUGAAGGUUUAACAAGAAAAAAUAUGUCAGAUGUCAGUGGGUGGCAAACAUUCUUACAAGCCCUUGACUACUUCCUCAAAAUGUUCUUUGGCUCAGCAGCGCUCGGCACUCUCACUGGCUUAAUUUCUGCAUUAGUGCUAAAGCAUAUUGACUUGAGGAAAACACCUUCCUUGGAGUUUGGCAUGAUGAUCAUUUUUGCUUAUCUCCCAUACGGGCUAGCAGAAGGAAUCUCACUCUCAGGCAUCAUGGCUAUCCUGUUCUCUGGCAUCGUUAUGUCACACUACACACACCACAACCUGUCCCCGGUCACCCAGAUCCUCAUGCAGCAGACCCUGCGGACCGUGGCCUUCCUGUGCGAAACAUGUGUGUUUGCAUUUCUUGGCCUGUCCAUUUUUAGUUUCCCUCACAAGUUUGAAAUUUCCUUUGUCAUCUGGUGCAUAGUGCUUGUACUGUUUGGCAGAGCGGUCAACAUCUUCCCUCUUUCCUACCUCCUGAAUUUCUUCCGUGAUCAUAAAAUCACACCGAAGAUGAUGUUCAUCAUGUGGUUUAGUGGCCUGCGGGGGGCCAUCCCCUACGCCCUGAGCCUGCACCUGGACCUGGAGCCCAUGGAGAAGCGGCAGCUCAUCGGCACCACCACCAUUGUCAUUGUGCUCUUCACCAUCCUGCUGCUGGGCGGCAGCACCAUGCCCCUCAUCCGCCUAGUGGACAUCGAGGAUGCCAGGGCACGCCGUAGGAGCAGGAAGGACGUCAACCUCAGCAAGACAGAGAAGAUGGGCAACACUGUGGAGUCGGAACACCUGUCGGAGCUCACGGAGGAGGAGUACGAAGCCCACUAUGUGCGCCGGCAAGACCUCAAGGGCUUCCUGUGGCUGGACGCCAAGUACCUGAACCCCUUCUUCACACGAAGGCUCACGCAGGAGGACCUCCACCACGGGCGCAUCCAGAUGAAGACCCUCACCAACAAGUGGUACGAGGAGGUGCGCCAGGGCCCCUCAGGCUCUGAGGACGACGAGCAGGAGCUGCUCUGACGGAUGGGGUGCCAUGGCUCGGGGCAGACGGCGCCGAGGACACGUGUGCCACCCACAGACGCCCCACGGGGGCCUCCCGAGGCACGCACAUCACGGCCUUCAGAGGGUGAGAGAGCAGGGUGAGGCCAAGGCCACAGAGUCUGCUCCCCCAGAGCCUUCCAGG